GAAUACCACGUGACCAGGAAACACGGAAGUGUUGUCUCUAAAAGAACAGGGCCGAUCCUGCUCGUUGUUUUUCCUUCGGAGGGGACGAGGAAACAACAUUUCACGCUGUCAUUAGUCACACAGCGGCGGUGUUGACUGACAGCUGUAAUAGUUUAUAGCUGAAUUAAGAAAAUGGGUUCAAGUCGCUACUGUCGGCCGCUGUCAUGUAAUUGUCUCCUGAUCUGCGUCAUUUUAUGGAGCAGCGGGAUAUUUGCCAAAUCACACCGGAGACCAAACAUUGUUUUGAUCCUCACCGACGACUUGGACAUCGCUAUCGGGGGCCUGAAUCCGCUGAACAAGACGAAGAAGCUCAUCGGCGAUGCAGGGAUAUCGUUCACGAACGCAUUUGUAGCCAGCCCGCUGUGCUGCCCCAGCCGCGCCAGCAUCCUGACGGGGAAAUACCCCCACAACCACCACGUCAUCAACAACACCUUAGAGGGAAACUGCAGCAGCAAAGCCUGGCAGAAGAGCGAGGAGGGCACCACCUUCCCCGCUUUACUCAAGACCUUCGCCGGGUAUCAGACCUUCUUCGCCGGCAAAUAUCUCAACCAGUAUGGACACGCUGAGGCCGGUGGAGUGGAGCACGUCCCUCCAGGCUGGAGCUACUGGGUCGGACUGGAGAAGAACUCUAAAUACUACAACUACACUCUGUCCGUGAAUGGGAAGGCUCAGAAACAUGGAGCAGACUACAGCAAAGAUUACCUGACCGACGUACUGGCCAACAUGUCUCUAGACUUCCUCCAGUAUAAAUCCAGCUUCGAUCCGUUCUUCAUGAUGGUGUCCACGCCGGCGCCUCACUCCCCGUGGACAGCAGCUCCUCAGUACCAGGACCGCUUCAACAGCACAAAGGCUCCCAGAGUCCCCAACUUCAACGUCCACGGGAAGGACAAACACUGGUUGAUCAGACAAGCUAAAACCCCCAUGACCAACUCUUCAGUUCAGUUUCUGGAUGAUGCCUUCAGGAAACGGUGGCGAACUUUACUCUCAGUGGAUGACCUGGUGGAGAAAAUAGUGAAGAGGUUGGAGGUCAGAGGUGAACUAGACAACACCUACAUCAUCUUUACGUCCGAUAACGGCUAUCACACAGGUCAGUUUUCUCUCCCGCUGGAUAAGAGGCAGCUCUACGAGUUCGACAUCAGAGUGCCUCUCAUGGUCAGAGGACCCAAUAUCAAGCCAAACCAGACCAGCCAGGUGCUGGUGGCGAACGUCGACCUCGGUCCAACCAUCCUGGACAUCGCUGGCUACAACGUCAGCAAAACUCAGAUGGACGGCAUGUCCUUCCUACCUAUUAUGGAGGGGAAGAUGAACAGCAGCAGCUGGAGGACAGACUUCCUGGUGGAGUACGAAGGAGAGGGGAGGAAUGUGUCCGACCCGGCCUGCCCUCUGCUGGGGCCGGGAGUGUCGGAGUGCUUCCCAGACUGUGUUUGCGAGGACUCGUACAACAACACCUACGCCUGUGUGCGCACCGUCUCCCCCUCUGUCAACCUGCAGUACUGCGAGUUUGACGAUAACGAGGUGUUUGUAGAAGUCUACAACGUCACUGCCGACCCCUACCAGCUCACAAACAUCGCAAAAACCAUCGACCAGGAAAUCCUGGAGAAGAUGAACCAUCGGCUGAUGAUGCUGCAGUCCUGCUCCGGACAGUCGUGUCGAACACCUGGAGUGUACGAUUCAAGGUAUAAAUUCGACCCGAGACAGAUGUUUACGAGCCACAGCUGGCGGCUCAGCCGGCUCAGACAGAGGAUGAAAUGAGAGACGAGAGAGGAGAGAUGAGGAAGGAUGGAUGGAUGAUGAAUGGAUGGACGGACGGAUGCAUGGAGCAGACGGAGGAAGAAGGGCUGUAUUGUGAUUUGUACUCUCCCGCUGUCGUUGCCUUGUUGCCGAGUCCUCCUGAGCCGCCUCAGGUGACUUCACAUUCUUAGCUGGGUUGCCAGGGAGACGGGAGGUCUCACCUUUAAAACUUCCUGCCGCUGAUCGGCGAGUUUAUCGUUAAAAAGAAAGACACAUUAUUCAAGACUGAUCUACACUAGCAAGCUAUGAACUCACUUCCUGUUUCCUUAGAAGCAUUAAUGUCCACUCAGUCGGUCGUAUCAACUUAAAUUUCUUUUCUUUUUUUUUUUCCUAUUAAUUUAUGUGUCCAAAUAUCCGGUUCACUCGUGGUGUGUUUAGGUGCUUCUCGGUAAUAUUUCAAAUAAACUAUUAAAAACCAAAAGACACUUUUGUGCUUUCAGCUCAGGUGAAAGUUUAGGAGGUUUUUUUUUUUUUUUUUUUUUUUUGGAAAUGAUAGAAAAAUAUCAGGAUAUAAGAGAAAUUUAAAAAGAAAGGAAAGUUCGCCACCUACUGGAAAAUCAUCAGAACACACAUCCCACUCAGAUUAGUGCCUUGCAAGAAUAUUACGACAGGUUUUCUUUCAUUUCUUAGGUAGUAAAAAAAAUGGCAGGUUUAAAAUGUUUUAAAAGGAAGGAAGUGAUUUCUAAGAUUUGUUUUUAAUUUUUGUCUUUAACUAGUUUCAAAUAUUACAUUUCAUUAAAGUUUUAUGUAAGUUAUGUCAGUUUAAUGCUGAGAUUAAAUAAAAUGGGUAAUACUAUUUUAAUUGCAUUAAAUUGAAAUUUACCAGAUUAAUGAAACGAGGAAGACGGAUGCCAAAAGAAAUCCUUGUUCCAUCAACGGUGAGUUUCAAUCAGCUCAGUUUUUGCAACAAUCAUUUUUUGUCUUUAUAAGUUUAAGUAAUAAAUAUCUCUUUUUAGUUUUAGGGUUGGACCUUGUAAAGGCCAAAUAAACUCUUUAAUUUGAUCAGUGAACAUGUAACAAUGGAAAAUAGUAACUUUCUCCUUUUGAACUUAAAGGGAACUUACUUUGAGUAAAUGCCAUAAACUACAAGAGAAAUGGGCCUAGCUUGAUAUCUGUUCUUCAUCUUCAUUAUUUCACUAUCACAGAUGUGUUUUAGAUUAAAUAAAUAGUCCAAAGUUUUAGGAUCACGACCACUCUCUUGUCAAAGGAAGGGAAGAUUGAUACCAGUCCUAAACAUGAAGCUAAAGCCAUUAGCCGAUUAUCUUAGAAUAAAGAUAUAACAACGCACACAAAAAUCUGCAGUUCCUCAAACGGCCACUAGAUGCUGACUCGAAAAGGGAGCCAAUCCGCAUAGCCCUCCAUGCUAAAACUUGUUUACAGCCUGGUACAAAAACAGUUUUGGUCUGUGAUGCUAAUUUCACCAUUGGCUGAUAUGGGAGCAGAGUAGUUAUGAAUGUAACUCCGGUUCUAUGAAUUCACAAUCAAGAAGAAUGAAACGCAACCUAGGAAGUGAUCAAGAAUAGUUUCUGUUGUUACAGUCUAGGAAAUAAUACAUGGAUUAUGUUGGUGUAGCUGGAAGAAGAAACUUUAGGCUGGUAUGUUAGCUUAAUGUAGCCAGACUCAGUUCUUAACCAAUCAGAGCCAUUUAAUUACAAACUAAUUCAAAUUAUGCGUAUGAAAACUUAAAUGUGACGUCACAGAGGGUUUGUCUAUGUUCAUAUACAGUAGGCGAUCUAAAGUGAUAAUUAUAGCUUUAAAUAUGCUAAUAGGUCAAUCGAGGCUAGCUGUUUCCAGUCUUUAUGCUAAGCCAAGCAGCCCCUGGUUGUAACUUUGUGUUCAAUAAACAAACGUGAGCGAUUUUGAUCUUUUCGUCGCAUCUGUUGGCAAGAAAAUUGAGUUCAUAUUUGAUAAAAUAUCAGCUUUGUUCCAUCUGCUUGAUGUUUAUCUUUUUAUGUGCAUUUUUAUUUUGUUAACAGUUUUUAUUAUGGAUAAUUUACCUGUUACAGCAAAGAUUAUCUGUGUUCUCUUGCUACUGUUGUUGUUCUUGGAUAAUAAUAAUAAUUAUACUACCGUGUUCAUGCAGCUCUUUCUUCCUCUGUAAUUAACUGGACUGAAGUUAAUGUUUAGAGACCACAGGACUGAACGUAACUCACACUGAUGUUGACUAUUUAUCCUCGUAAAAGUCGAUCACUUUGUUUCACUUCACUGAUGCACUUUCCAAUCUGUCAGAACUGUUUUGUUUUGGCACCCUUAGUUUUAUUUUUCGGAGUGGUUUUUGACAAUGUAUGAUGUAUUUUUGGCUUGUGGUUUUGUCCAAAUAAAGAGAUUCUCAAGAGAUCACGCA